CCUGGGCCCUGGCAGGAGUCAAGGACGCAGCAGCCUCCCCUUCCCCGGGAACCUGGGAGGCCCCGGGCAGUGCGGCCUUUGGGUCGCCUGCGCCCACCGGGCCGCACCGGGUGCCUGCCGCCAGACGGAAGUCAUCAUGCCUCUGGGUGAGAGGCAGGAGCUCCAGAAGUUGGAGGCAGAGCUUCAGGCCCCGAGAGAGGCCGAGCACCUGCCUCCCGCACCGCUGUCCUGGGCUGCGGAGGCCGAGGAGUUCCUCUCCCUCUCCUCCCCCUCCCCCUCCUCCUCCUCACUGUCCUCCUCCCCCUCUUCCUUUGCCCUGUUCCCGGACACCCCAGAGGACGGGUCUGCCGCUGGGUCUCCAAGCCCUCCCCAGAGCCCUCUGAGUGCCUGCCCGCCGCCCAGUGCCGGGGCAGCCGCUCCCUGGAGCCUGUCUGAAGAUAUCUCAGGCUCAGCCCAGGAGGAGGAGGGCUCUGGCCCUGGGCUGGAGCCUGGAGCGGCCCCGCCCCCGCUGCAAACCACACUCCACCUGAAGGCGGCCCACCUGGUGGCCUUCCUGCUCCUCAAGUAUCGCACCCAGCAGCCCACCAGCCAGGCGGAGAUGCUGGAGGUCAUCGGCAACGACGCCCAGGUUCCCUUCCCUGUGAUCUUGGGCCAGGCCUCCCAGUGCAUGCAGCUGGUCUUUGGUGUGCAUGUGAAGGAAGUGGACCCCGGCGACCACUCCUACGUCCUGGUCCCGGUCCUGGGCCUCACCUGUGACGAGAUGCUGAGCGGUGAGCAGGGCAUGCCCAAGAACGGCCUCCUGGUUUACGUCCUGGGGGUGAUCCUCCUGGAGGAUGACCGUGCCCCCGAGGAGGAGGUGUGGGAAGCGCUGCCGUUCAUGGGGGUGUAUGCAGGCCAGGAGCACAUCAUCUACGGGGAGCCCAGGGAGCUCCUCACCAAGGUCUGGGUGCAGGAAGGGUACGUGGAGUACCGGCAGGUGCCCGGCAGCGACCCUGCCCGCUACGAGUUCCUGUGGGGUCCCAGGGCCCACGCCGAAACCAGCCAGUUGCAAAUGGAGGAGUAUUUCCUCCGGCUCAAUCCUGGGCAGUCGGCUUCCGCGCUGGCCCUGUGUGAAGAGGCUGUGAGAGAUGAGAGAGAGGGGGCCUGAGCCCCGGGGGCAGCUUCGCUGGGGUCGGCAGCUUCUCCUUCAGGGUGCUGGGCAUGAAGCGAGGCCGCUUGUUGGUUCUUCCCUGAGGCGUGUGUGCGUGUGUGUGUGCGCGCGUGUGCAUGAAGACAGAGUCCUGGGCGUCGUAAAGA